AACAUUGAAUUUUAACUUUACACCUGCUAGAAUCAAAAUCGUUUGUAACAACUAUGCCUGAGAAAUAUUCGCAAAGUUAUUUGAGCGUAAGCUGAUUUAUUAGUUUUGGGAAGAUGAACAUUAUAAUCUUCUUGGCUUUCUUUACUUUCGUUGGCUGUGUCGAGUUUUAUCCAUAUGGAGUCGCUUACAACGACACAGUUGGGGCUAGUUUCCACAGACAAAUUGAAUUUCACUUACAACAAGCUAUGCCACUUUUUAAAGAUCCAGCGAAAAUACUUUUUCUAGAAUUCCAAGGCUCGAUAUCUGUGAAUUACUCCAACCCAGGCAAGCCACUUCGUUCCCAAUACAUUCGUUUGCUGCCGUAUCAAACCGUUUUUGCCGCCACUGAGGGCGUGAUUUAUUAUCGUGAAACUUUCGACGAAAAAAUUCUGAUAAGAGCUUCCGAAGAUGUUGCUAAAUACAGCAACGAAAAUUUUACAGCAACACAAGCUGUUGUAAUCACCUUCUACGGCCUAGGCUUCUACCAAUCAAUGAACACUUACCAAGUGGUUCUAGUAACAGACACUCUUAUUACCUACGCCAUUUUGAUGUACAAGCGUUUGGACGAGCCCGGUGCUGUUGUAGGAUACAAUGACAAGGUUUGCCACUUGGAAUUAUUUUCGUCCCUGAUUUACAGUAAAAGUUUGCAAUUCACUUCGAAUGUUGGUGAGCCAGGAAAACAUGUUAAAUUGUUGACUAACAGAAAUAAAUGCUCUUUGGAUGUGUUUUACAGUCAUGGCAAAAAUCGCAAAAUACUGCCAAAAGGCGACAAGAUUCAAGCGAAUUUUACGUUGAGCAAACCUAUCCCGUUUCUAACAAAAUCCUACGCAACUCUCUUUAUCAGUGUUGAUGGGGCUAUUGGUUUUGAUGAAGCAAUUUCAGUCUAUGGUAUCUUCGGCAACCAAAAUCCAGUCCUGGCAGUUUAUUCUAUGGACUUUGACACAACAAGCGAUGGAACGGUAUACUACGAAGAAACAUUUGAUGAAGGAAUACUCGAGAGAGUAACGAAAGACAUCCAAACAUUUGAAGAUAAUAAUUUCAUUGCUGAGCGGGUAGUGAUGAUAACAUAUUACAACGUUCCAUCACGACGCCAUUUACUCCAGAAAAGUUAUUUCCAGGCUAUUCUAGUCACAAACGAAAAUGAUACGUACCUAAUGGUGUCGUACCAUAAACUGGAGACGCAGGCUAAUUUUGUUGGCUACUUUCACAAGUGUAACACGAAUUAUCUGGCAAUGGGACCAGAUACCAAGCGGCUAGCAGAUUCCACUGUAACUGGUCUUACCGGACAAUAUAUAUUUCCAGUGUCUCCCAUAAAUUGCACAAAAAGAGAUUCUUUGUUUUAUCCACACGGUGAUGAACACGGAGACAAAGACAUACAUGGUGCUGUCAUUGAAUUCAAAGAAACUCUGCCAUUUUUUAACUCAAAACAAUUAAAAGCUGACUUAAAUGGAGAAUUGUUUGGGGAAAAGUAUUCCCUGGAGAACAGCGUCGUACCAACUUUAGCUAUGUACCAAGGCCGAAUGAAUAUACCCGCAUCAUCAACCAUGAAAUAUCGGGUUACAACAGCCUCUUCCGUUUUAUCACGAGCUAAUGAAGAUGUGCGGAAAUUAAGUGGAGACAGUUUUACUGCCACUCAAGCAGCAGUCAUUACAUACGAUAGAAUGCUUCUCGAAGGAUUGGAGUAUGCAUUUAACACGUUUCAAACCGUCCUAGUUGCGAACAACACAGCUAUAUACGCCAUCUUGAUUUACAAACAACUCGACGGUGUCAACUCUAAAAUCGGAUAUAACACUCCUAACUGCAAUUGGACGUUAUAUGAGUACAGUGGAGGAGAGAGCAGAAAAGCAGUCAGCACUUCGAAUAUCGGUGAGAUAGGAAAGCAUGUAAUACAGCUAGAAGAUAAAUGUACUGUCGAUGUACUAUAUCCCUAUGGUAGCCAUCAUGGCGAUCACAUGACGAAAUCCAGUGAAACAAUACCGUUCACUUUGACUGAAAACAUGUUUUUGUUUGGAAAAAUGAGAAAAGAACUUUUUAUAUACAGCAAAGGAUUCGUCUCGUUUACUUCAAACAUCAAUGAUACAGAGUUGUGGCUACCAUAUCCACAGUCUGUAAUUGCUGUGUAUGCAAGCCAUAAACUAAACAUCGCAAUGGGUGGAACAAUAUAUUUUCGUCAAACGGAAGAUCCUGAUGUAUUAUCAAAAGCGAGCGCAGAUGUACAAGCCUACUCUGCUGCAUCAAGUUUCACCGCAGUGAAAGCAUUGGUCGUGACUUUUGAGGAUAUUUCAAAUACACACGGGAACGAUACGAAUACAUUCCAGGUGAUCAUUGCAUCUUCAAACAAUGAGACAUAUUUACUGUUCAACUAUGUCAAAUUGGAAAGUUACGGUGGAAUUGCUGGGUAUACAUAUGCAGGUUGCAGUUGGUCAAAGCUGGGAGAAGAAGCUAGAAUCCACUUGAUUACAUCACUCAAUACAGUUGGAAUCAACGGAAGAAUGGUACGGAAGGUGAUUACGACUUCAUGUAUGCCAACAGCAUUUUAUCCUUAUGGAAAAUAUUACGGAGAUAUUGUGAGGAGUUCCAGCAGCUCAAAAUACCAGACGGUGAACCUUGACAAAGAAAUACCAUUCUUUAAAGAAAAAACCAACAAGUUUUAUGUGGUAAUCAAUGGUUACAUAACAAGAGAGUAUACAACAAGCACAAGUUUAAAUACUUUAAGGCGCAAAAAUAUCGUCAUAAUCUUUCUCAAAUCCUGCUAUCUUGGAAAGACUGGAUCCUUAUUCAUGAGAGAAACGAGUGAUCCUUAUGUUUUAGCGAGAGCAACUGAAGAUAUUAAAAAAUCAAAACUAGACGUUUCAUUCGAAGCAAAUUAUGCGUACAUUGCAACCACUGUGGACAUUUCUUGCAGUCGCUACAAAGCUACGUAUCAACUCAUACUUGCGACGGACGGAAACGAAACAUACGCAAUCAAGAAUUACGUCAAUGUCGGAUUCUCGGGAUAUGUCGGGCACGUGGAACCUGAUUGUAAGCAAGACACGUUUGCUUCUGCAUCUGGGUUUACUCUGAUGACAACGUCAAACACAGGGGUUCCAGGACAACACGUGACUAGAUUAACUGACUUGUUGUGCGGAGCGACAACGCCGUCUCCUCCCACAACAACUACGCCUGCCGUAAUUGAUACAACAAUUCAGCCGGCAACCGAUUUACCAACCAGUCCUACCGAAGAUACGACCACCACAACAAAGACAACGACGACGUCAGCCACGACAACAAAAACGACAUCGAAAGCGGCUACAUUAAACCCAGUAAUAACAGUAAAACCUGUCACAGAGGAAGCAACCACACCGGCAGCCGACUCGGAAGAAUCAAAGCAGGACAAAGCAGUUAUUGGAGGCUCCAUCGCAGGAGCAUUCCUUGCUGUUAUUAUUAUUGUUGCUGCUGUCAUACUUUUGAAACGAAAAAGUGGAAGUAAUGGGGAAAGAAAAGUGGAAAAGAACAACAACGAUGAAGAGCCAGUGGUUUUUCAUAACAAAGCGUAUGAAGCCAGUGAACUCGAGAAGAAUGGAAAAUAAUUAUGGCUACUCUAAACAUAAAAACACGUGCACGUAAAGAAUAAAGCCCGAAAUUCUGGCAAGAAGAUGGUAGCAGGUUUUUUCUCUUCAUCCACGUCUAUUGUGUUAAGUUGGAGGAAUAAAUACAUGGAAAGAAAUACAUAAAUCAAUAUUUGUUUCUCCAAGGUGUUAUCAACAUUCAAGUAAAAGUCGAUGAACAAUUUAUAGCUUUGAGAAAUCUUAUGUUAUGUUAUAAAUUUCACUAAAAAGUUGUAACUCCAAAAAUUUCUGUACAAAGAUGCACAAUUUUAUGUUUCGUCACACAAACUUGCCUUAAUCGUACUCAUUUUUGCGCGUACUAAUUACUAAGAAGGUUGGUUAUCGCACAAAAUACACCUUUUCCGAAUUUUGUAAAUUAUAAUAAUUAUGAAGUCAUCUAAAAUUUUUGAUAAUGGUUCUGUGCUCUUCAAAUAAGGAUAUCGGGAUAGAAUAUUAAAUUAUCAUGACAAAAAGAAAUUUUCAGAGCAAUAUAAUAUUCUGGUUGGAAUUUUUCAGAUUUAAAGAAAGUACUUUGAAAACGAGGCUAUUCUUAGAAAGCUUGGCUAUAUCAUAGAGAAAAUAAUAUCUUUAUGGCUAUAUGAAAGUUUAACCGUAACUUUCAGUACGGAAUUGAGGCACUUAACACACAAAAAUAUUUACAAAAUUAGGUAAUUUGUUUUACCUUUUGCUAAAGAACUUAGAGAUAAGAAUCAUUUUUAGUAUCGACCUCUUUAUUAAGUUUGGCAUAAUUAGGAACUUCGGGAAAGGUCUAUUUGGUAAAUUACAGUUUGUGCGAAAAUUACGGAUGCACAAACGCAUCUGCACUUUUUUUUGCAUAAGAAUAAUUAUUUUGUGUCAAGUCAUAUUGUUUUUAAUGAUCACGUUCACUUUCAUUCAAUUUGAGUCCUAACCAUAAAAGUAUCCUCGUGGAAUUAGAAUUUGAAUAUCUUCCGACGUUUUUUAUAAGAACUUCUGAAUUUCAGCUGGAUGUGAUCAUUUUUUACACUUUUUCCGUCUUAAAUGUUAUUUGUGUUUUUCUGAAAAAGUUUUGAAUUCGAAUUUUAGCAAGAAAUGGGAAAAAUAUGAUCAAAUUUACGGUUGGCGAUUUUACCAUUGAAAAUAAAUAAAUAAAUAAAUAAAGUUAUCUUAUUGUAAAAACACGUUUAUUAGGAAAAAAGAAUAUUUAAAAUGAAUCUAUAAAAGAAAUUCAGGUUGAGUA